CCUUCUCUCCCUAUAUUCACCCACGCCACGACCACGAACUCGUCGUUCUCUCCUACCCAUAGCCUCGAGCGGCGUUUACUCAUAUUUCUUCGACACCAAAUCCCAAUCACUGCUCGAUACCAGUAUGAACCUUCUCUAACGUCUCUUCCUCCGACUCUCGCACUUCAACGUCAGGUCAAGCGUCGCGGGUUCACUCCCCUCGUUCUUCAUCGCAUCCGCUUUCGCCUACGUUCCAAAGCCUCGUCGAUAUCGAGCACCACGGACGACGAUGCGCAUCCGCAUAGUCCGACCUCUAUCCUCAGCUUUACGUAGCUUUCUCUCCUCGAUACGUCGCGUUUAGGUUCUAACACUUCUUCCUACACGUCACAUACGCAUAUAAUCCCGCCCUAACUUGGACCCGGAGCUCAAAUGCGAACGAACGGUCCAACCCUCGAAAUCGAUCCUUCUGCCCUUCCGUGUACACCCAUACACCACCUCUCAGCUUCCCUUCCGCUUCCUUUUUCCUUCCUCUAUCUCUAUCUCUACCUCCCUCUAGCAGACGGAAAGAAGAGCAAACCUAAAAAAAGCAGCGAAGGAUAAGAGGGAAGUACCGCAUCGGGGCAGUGUGCGGAGAAGAGAGGCUGAUAGCCGGAGACGAGGCGGGGGAUUGGCGGAAGUGGUCGUGGUCGUGCAAGGAGUGGAUGAUUAGGACCAGGAACGGAACGAGUUGCGAGGGGGAGCUCUAGAAGGAGAAGGAGAAAAGUAUGCGGGAUGGAUGUCCGGAGCGGGUUAUGCGAGAUCGGACGGGAGAGGAGUCCAUUCCUCGACGGUAGCAGUGAGGGUGAUUGCCACGGCAGAGGGUGUAGAGAGUCCGUUCGGCCAAGACGCGUCCUCAAUAUUGGACGAAACGUCGCAGACGACGAUGGAAGCCGGACAUUCGACAAGGCAGAAUUACGGGCGUUUCUGGCGACUGGCUCCAGUGGGUUUAGUCAUGAGAGGAAUUUGAGAGAGAGGAUGUUCAAAUGUCUGCUACGUCUUUUACGGCUUUAAAUUGGAGGCAUGUUUCCUCGUAUAUCUCGUCCUUCGUCAUCCCUCUUUCUCUUCGGUUAUCUUUUUUCGAGCGGUUUUAUCUCCUUCGAGAGCUUCGAUGUCGGUCGUGCUUCGGGUGUAGGUCUUUUACGGGCUGUGCUUCCCACAUAUAACGCUUUCGCAGUAACAUUUGUCGUGACUGCCGUGUUCAUCUCUAUUCUAUUGUCCUGCAUUAGAGGGCCC